AUGACUGACCCAUUUAGAGAUUUUGUGGGUGAUCUAGACCCAUUCUCUUCCUUCCACACCAGCCACGUCGAUCUAGAUCCCACGCUAAACGAUGGCAGCUUCGCCGACUUGUCUGAAGCGAUAAUGGCGGCAAAUACUGCACCUUCCCAUUUCAACGGCUCUUGCAUGGCGGGGCAACCACCAUGGCGGCCUUCAAAUAACUCCACUGCAUCCUCAUCACCAUUCGGAUCUGGGGUGGCCAUCAUGAGACCUAAGCUUGGCAGUCGAUUUUCUAAAGAAGUCAUCCGCACCUUAAAAGACUGGCUUGCCGUUCACCAGCAACACCCAUAUCCUACCGAAAGCGAAAUGGCAGCACUUCAAAAUAGGACGGGAUUGAACAAAGCACAGCUCACAAACUGGUUUGCAAACGCUCGGCGCAGAGGAAAGGUGCAAAGCGUACGCCCAGCGUCACCCAAAGGCCGCGAUAAGCCCACGCCUCCCAUAGACAUAAUACAGAGGCCAGGCACUCCCGCAGUUCGAUGUUCCCUGGAUUACAAGGAUCCAAUGCAACGUUGGGUAGAGUCUCCACCUGAACAUGAACCUGCCGCGGCGAGCGACAUUGUUCGCGCCAUGGCCUCUGCUUCCAACGGUACCGGAGAUAUCGAGAGUGGCCAGUCGUGGCAAUCGCCUUACGCGAGAUCGUUGGCAAGUAGUACGAGGACGUCACAAUCAAGUGAAUUCUCCGGUCACUGCUCCUCGGGAUCUCAGAAAUCGCUCAAGAUACGCCGAGCGCCUCGCAAAAAACGAGCCAACAGGCGGCGCCGAUUGGAAAAAGAACCCGUCACCACACCUUUGAUCAUGCCGUAUCAAUGCACGUUUUGUACCGAAGUCUUCAGGACCAAAUAUGAUUGGCAGAGACACGAAAAAUCGCUCCACUUGCCCCUGGAAAGGUGGAUAUGUGGGCUUCAUGGUCCUCGCUUCGCAAAAGAAACCAAUGAAGAGCUCUGUUGUGUCUUUUGUGGAGAAACGAACCCAGACGAGGCUCAUGUUGAAGCGCAUCACUAUUCAGCUUGUCAAGAGCGGAACCUUCGUGAGCGUACUUUCCACCGAAAAGAUCAUCUGGUUCAGCACCUGCGAUUGGUCCACGGCGUUGAGUUUGCAGAUUGGUCAAUGUCUUGCUGGAUGCUGCCAAUACCUGAUGUCCGUUCCAGGUGCGGAUUCUGUGGCAUUACAAUGAGUACUUGGCUGGAGAGAACCGAUCACCUUGCGGACCACUUUAAAUCUGGUACAACAAUGGCUAGCUGGCAAGGAGACUGGGGCUUCGACAGCUACAUUGCUCCUUUGGUAGAGACAGCAAUUUCUCCAGAUCUUAUUGAAUGGGAAAGAUACACGCUCAUACCAAUGAAAGGAAGCGAUCCAUCUUGGGGUACCCCGCCGAACGCAUAUGAGCUGCUCAAAAUUGAGACCGAGUUCUUUAUUCAGCGAUACUUUGAUGAGAAUGGGCAAUUGCCCGAUAAUGAUGCAAUGCAGCUUGAAGCAUGCCGUAUCAUCUUUGCUGCCGAGGCUACUUCUGCCACGAACUCACCAGGAAAAGAAAACCAACAUCAAGUUUCGUGGCUGCGCGAUCUUGUCAUGUCAUCACCAACAUUAACUAAGCGCGCCAUGUUUCAGCCUGUGCGAUCAUCCCGCGAGAGCAGACAUUUCCCGCUCGUGAUCAAUGCAAAAGGCCACCUAUUCGAACAUUGUCCCAUGGAAGCACGACUUCGUGGUUUUGUCAUGGAACAGAUGUUGGCGGGUGGUGUGCUCAACGACACACAACUCCACAACCAGGCAUGUCAGAUUGUGAGACAAAUGGAGCAGGAAACAGGCACGCCUUCGGAUACAUUUGCCAACUGGCUCGUAAAAGGGAUUUACUCAGGGACCGAUUGGUUGUCAAAAUUCAAACAGCGAGCAGAUAUAGUUGAUAUCAUCGAGACUGCUGGUGUUCCUUCAGGCCCAAUGCUGGAGACAUGGUCUGGUUCGUCAUGGCCACGGCUACCGCAUGCAAAUGGUCGAGUAUCAGAACCAGACAUGACGAGCCUCUCUCAGCAGACGCAUAGCUCUUUUACGCCACUGUCUGAGUUUCCAGAAGAAGUUUCCAUCACGCCUUCGACAGCUACUCAGCCCGAUACCCAAGGCCGGCAGCGAACACUGCUUCCAGACGACACGAAUUUUUACCGCGUGUUCGAGAGCGACAUGAGACGUUGGGCAGCGUCCACAUUGUCACCCAAGAAUCCUAAUUGCCAUGUUCCAUCAGAUGAGGAGAUACAGCAUCAGGCACGUUGGAUCAUGUUCGAUGGCGAUGACUCGUGGGAUCAGACACCUGCCGACUUUCCGGUCUGGCUCUCGCGGUUCAAAAGGGAAGUUGGGAUUACCAAGGAUGUUGAGGUCGUGGAUCCAAAGGAGCUGGUGACGUCACCACCAUGAAUGCUUAGCUCUUCAACGGAACGAUAUUCCAAGUCUUCUAUGUUUCUGUGUGGCUUGCUGAUCUUCAAUUGGAAUCACUACCUAAUUGUGAAGUGGGAAUGG